AUUUUAAAAUGUUAUAAAAUCUAAACUGUAGUCUCUAGAUGAAAAAUCAAAGAGAAUUAUAUGUUUUCGUAGACGUAGGCUUUAAAUAUAUUUACUUAUUACCAUUAAAUAUUCCAGUAUUAAAAUUACACUAUGCGUAACGUGGAAAUCAAAGCUAGAGUGCAUAAACAUGACGAAAUAUGUAAAAUAGCUGAAGAACUGAGCGGUGCACCGCCCAAAGUUAUAAAACAAGAUGAUACCUUCUAUAAUGUUCCCAACGGUCGUUUAAAAUUAAGAAUAUAUGGAGACUCGUCAGCUACAUUAGUGCGGUACGAUAGAAAUGACGAAGGCGGGCCAAAACUUUGUGAUUACGACCUAUUAGAAUUUACUGUGUCCGAAAGUGAGAAAUCUAAGAAAUUGGAUAAAAUGUUGAAACAAUGUUUAGGCGAACGAGGUCGUGUAGUAAAGGAGCGAAAACUGUACAUGGUUGGUCAAACCCGAAUACACAUAGAUACAGUAGAUAAUCUAGGUCAUUUUAUGGAGUUGGAGGUUGUUCUUCGUCCAGAACAGUCAGUGGAAGAUGGUCAGGUCAUUGCUAGAGACCUACAAUCAAAGCUGGGUGUUAAAGAUGAAGACUUAAUUGAUUGUGCUUAUAUGGACUUGAUUGAACGAGCCUGAACUUUUUGGUUGGUUGGUUUUAGUUUAAGUUUAAGUCUGUGGUAAAUAAAUUGAUAAAGAUUUUAAUGCAGCAUAUGUAUAAAAAUCAAUAAAAAAAGAAAAACAAAAUGCAAAAUCAUCUAUGAUAAGUAGAAAGAAGCAGAAUCAUGUGUGUACCAAGUUGAUUAACAUUGAUAGAAUAAUUCAAUUUCAAUUUAAUUCAAUUUUUUAUUUAAUGGCAAUUGUGUUUAGAAUAAUUAACUCAUGUUUUGAUUCAAUCUGCGUAUGUAAAU